GUGUGAUAAUGGCAGAAAAAAAACUCUGUGGUGCGGAAGUUGUAGUAGCCACAAGAUGGUGCCCAGGCUGCAUGUGCUUUCGUUGCUGGUGGUAGUUGCUAGCGGUUGCUACCUGUUUCCAAGCGACGUUCCAAAUCCGUGUAACGGCAUCAGCUGCGGUCCAGGAGCGCUCUGUCGGCCUACGCCCGAUGGCCGUACAUACAACUGUGAGUGCCCAACCUCCUGCCCCAGCUACGGCGACCACGAGGGCUCACGGCCACUUUGCGCAAGCGACGCCCGCGACUAUCCUGGCGAAUGUGAGAUGCGCCGUGCUGCUUGUGAAUCUAACACUAGUAUCACAUUCAAAUAUUAUGGUAAAUGCGAUCCUUGUGCGGGAGUGACCUGUCCUGACCCAGAAGUGUGUCAGUUGGACGACCGUCGGCAGCCAUCUUGCCGCUGCGCCGAGCCUUGCCCAUUGGAGUUUUCUCCAGUGUGCGCUUCCGACGGAAAGACAUAUUCCAACGAGUGCCAGAUGCACCGCGAAUCUUGUCGAGCUAGGAAACAGUUGAAAAUUGUGUUCAAAGGGCAGUGCAGCUCAGGAGUGAAUCCAUGCGCGGAGGUAGAAUGCCGUCAUGGCGCAGAAUGUCGCGUGGAGGGUGGAGGUGCUGUUUGUGCGUGUCCACCGCCAUGUGAACCUGUGUUGCGUCCAGUGUGCGGUUCAGACUCUCGAACGCACGACAGCGAGUGUGAACUGAGACGAGCUGCUUGUUUAUUGGGUAGAGAGUUGCGAGUGCUACAUUCGGGGGCCUGUGGAUCCAAUGGUGUGUGCGCCGGCCGCGUUUGUCCGCACGGUGGAGAGUGCGUAGCACAAAGUGGCCGCGGAGUGUGCCGUUGCCCUCGCUGCUCGAACGAGUUCGCGCCCGUCUGCGGCUCCGACGGCAUCUCCUACGGGAACCGCUGCAAGCUGCAACUCGAGGCAUGCCGACAUCGGCGCGAUGUGCAAGUGCUUUAUGAUGGACCUUGCAAUGGAUGUGAAAAUAAGAAAUGUGAAUACUAUGCUGUCUGCGAGAGUGAUGGCGUUUCGGAAGCGAGCUGCGUGUGCCCUAAGCAUUGCGAAGAAGGAACUGAAACAGAAGAAGUGUGUGGCAAUGAUAAUCAGACCUAUAGCAGCGUAUGCGCACUACGAGAUAUUGCAUGUAGAGAAAAGAAACAUUUACAUGUCGAGCAUAUUGGUUCUUGUGAAUCAUGCGCUAGCAUAGAAUGCCCCGCCGGCACGUGGUGUGCCCGCGGCGCAUGUUCUUGCUCCAAUCCCUGCUCGGGUGCAGCGCGGGAGCCGGUGUGCUCUUCCACCGGCCACACUUUCUUGCAUGAGUGUGCGCUGCAGAAGGCAGCCUGCGAAGCGCGCAUGCGUGGAGAGACGCCAGUUCGGGUAGCCUAUUACGGAGAGUGCACUGAUUCGCCAGAUGACAUUUCUGGUAGUGGUUCAAACAAAACAGCGAAAAUAACAGAUCUCAGCAACGAAAUUCGUUCAUCCGAUGACAUUGCGGAAAGUUCGAGCGAGUCGGGCAUGGGGACGGCAGUAUGCGCUAGAGUUCAAUGUGCUUAUGAAGCGACAUGCGCUGUAGAUUCCAACGGACAGCCGCGAUGUGCUUGCUUGUUCGAUUGUGCGGCUGCUGCAGCGUCCGCGUUAACCUCGGCACCAGUUUGUGCAUCCGAUUUAAGGCUAUACCCUACACUGUGUCAUAUGAAGUUGGAAUCUUGUAGAAGGCAGGAGGAUUUGAGGUUAAGACCGCUAGCUUUGUGCCGAGGUCUUGAGUUUCGUCCGUGUGGCGAUGAUGACCCGGUUAUGGAUGCGGAGGGACGGCCGGUGGACUGUGGUGGAGGUCCUCAGAGAAAAGAUUGUCCUGUUGGUAGCUACUGCCACCACACCACUAAGGCUGCUAGAUGUUGUAGAAAGGAUAAAGCAAUAGUCGAGAGGAAAGGCUGCCAAGAGUCUUGGCAUGGGUGUUGCGCGGACGGGGUCACACCAGCCCGAGGACCGGGAGGUGUGGGAUGCCCUUCACAAUGCGGUUGCCACAGACUCGGUUCAGAGACUGAGCAUUGUGAUGAGACUGGACAGUGUGUCUGUCGGCCGGGCGUGGGUGGACAGAAAUGUGACCGCUGCGAACCUGGUUUUUGGGGAUUGCCGAGAAUCGGUACUGGACAUAUGGGAUGUAUUCCUUGCGGAUGUUCUGCGUUCGGCUCAGUUCGCGAGGAUUGUGAGCAAAUGACUGGUCGGUGCGUAUGCAAGCCUGGAAUACAAGGCCAGAAGUGUACUGUUUGUUCCAACCAUGAGCAUACCCUUGGACCCAACGGUUGUUUCGACCCGGAGUCAACACAGUUACCUGCAACCAGUUGUGAUCAUAUGACCUGUUACUUUGGAGCUUAUUGUAUUGUGCGUAGCGGGCUUGCAACUUGCGAAUGUGCAGUGACCGAAUGCCCUCCCAAUGAAGCACCGGCUGUUUGCGGCAGUGACGGCAGGACUUAUCUGUCAGGUUGUCACCUGCGCUCGCACGCUUGCAGGACGCAGUCUGAUGUGGUGGUUCAGGCGUUUGGCCCCUGCGGUGACGAAUCUCCACACGUUCGUAGAGACAAAGUCUCAUAUACUCCGGUUCAAUUCGAAAACAAUGAAAGAAGUUGUAGCGUGAAACCUGUAAAGAAUAUUACAGCGGUCUUGCCAGAGACUUGGGAAGAUUCGACAUAUGAAGUUGAGGAUGAAUAUACAUCGCAAGAGGAUUAUAUAGAUGAGGAAGUUAAUGAUAUCUAUGAAAUGCCGUUGUUCGAUGGUAAAGCGACAAUGACUACCCGAACACGAUUGCCCGCGAAGCGAUUUGAUAUCUGGGCGGAGGUGUCAGCGGUAUGUGGGAACGGAACAUUGUUAAGCACCUCAGGGACAAGGGACCACUUGUGGCUUGGGUUUAUUGGGGAUAGAGCAAUAUUACGAUGGGACGCGGGAAGCGGCCCCAUGGAGCUACGAAGUGGAAAACUGAAGAUCGACGGGACAUCGAAAAUAUCAGCAAGGAGGUACAAAAAGGACGCUGUAUUGAAACUGGGAUCAGCAACUUCAAGUGGUACGGCGCAAGGGCGUAUGAGUUCGCUCGAUGUCGAUCCUUUCCUUUACGUUGGUCAUCCACCGGAUAAUGUAGCUAGGUUGACUGGGAGCACCGCAUUACCAGGGUUUGUAGGAUGCGUGCAUCGCUUGCGGGUCAGUGGACGGGACUUGAUUCCUGCUUCUAGAGGGAGACUCCUAGAGUCCCGUGGAGUGCGUCCUUGUAAUCCUUACAACUUAGCGCGACUUGUAUGUCCUUAAGAAGUUAAUUUAAAACACAUUUGUACCUCCAAUUAAACUAUUUCAAUUGCUUAACACAAAAUAAAAUUUUCGAAUUUUUAUUGAAUUCUGAAAAAAUGUUGUUGAUUUCUGUAAACUUAUGUGAUCUUUUUAUUACGUUAUGUACAUACUGAGGUACGAAUAUCAGAACGUGUAUCAGUAUAUUGAUAUUCAAAGG